AUGUCAGACGUCGAAGAAUUAAUCAGCCUUUUCAGUGCUGUUGGGUUUGAAGAUGGUAAAGUCAAAGAAAUUGUUAAGAACAAGAAAGUUUCUGAAGCAUUAGCCCAAUUUCUUGCCCAAGCUCCUGCUGAUUACAAAUGGGGGAAAACUGAAAGAGCAUUGGUACAUAACCUAGCUUCCUCAGCUAAAGGUGCUGAAUUACCAGGCUCAGAAUUAAUAGUUAAUGGUAUUGUUAUUGGUGACCUAAAAACUGCCAUGCAAGUUACUGCAGCAUUCAAAUAUGUUAAAUCAGAAGGUUCAAAUGCUACUGUUGAGAAAAUGAAUGAAGAAUCAGGUGUUGGUAUUGAAGUAACUGAAGAUCAAGUUAGAGCUAGAGUCGCUAAAUAUAUUGAAGAUGACAAGGAAAAAAUCUUAGCUGAACGUUACAAGUUAGUUCCAGGUCUUUUUGCUAAUAUUAAGAACUUGCCUGAAUUGAAAUGGGCUGAACCACGUUAUUUCAAACCAAUUGUUGAUGAAGAAAUUUUGAAAGUGUUAGGUCCAAAAGAUGAAAGAGAUUUAGUUAAAAAGAAGACUAAAAAUGAUCAAAAAGAUAAAAAGAAGAAUGAUACCAAUAAUUCCAACUCAAAAACAGCCUCUAAUGAACCAAAAAGAACUAUGUUUAAUGAAGGUUUCUUAGGUGAUUUACACAAAGCAGGUGAAAACCCUCAAGCAUAUCCAGAGAUGAUGAUUGAGCAUCUAAAGGCCACCGGUGGUAGAGUUCAAACUAGAUUUCCACCAGAGCCAAAUGGAUACUUACAUAUCGGUCAUUCUAAAGCCAUUAUGGUUAACUUUGGUUAUGCCAAAUACUGGAAUGGUGUAUGUUAUUUAAGAUUUGACGACACUAACCCUGAAGCAGAAGCCCCAGAAUAUUUUGAAUCUAUUCAAAGAAUGGUUUCUUGGCUAGGCUUCAAGCCUUGGAAGGUUACAUACUCCAGUGAUUACUUUGACAAACUAUAUGAAUUAGCCGAAGUUUUGAUUAAAAACGAUAAAGGUUAUAUUUGUCACUGUACUGCUGAAGAAAUCAAACGUGGACGUGGUAUCAAAGAGGAUGGUACCCCUGGUGGUGAAAGAUCCGCUUGUAAGCACCGUGAUAGACCAAUUGAAGAAAGUUUACAAGAAUUCAGAAAUAUGAGAGAAGGUAAAUACCAACCAGGUGAAGCCAUUCUAAGAAUGAAACAAGAUCUAACCUCUCCAAGUCCACAAAUGUGGGACUUAAUUGCGUACAGAGUAUUGAAUUCUCCACAUCCAAGAACUGGUGAUAAAUGGAAAAUCUACCCAACUUAUGAUUUCACUCACUGUUUAGUUGAUUCCUUUGAAAAUAUUUCUCAUUCUUUAUGUACCACUGAAUUCUACUUAUCAAGAGAAAGUUAUGAAUGGCUAUGUGAUCAAGUACAUGUUUUUAGACCAGCACAAAGAGAAUACGGUCGUUUGAACAUCACGGGCACUGUUCUAUCAAAGAGAAAGAUUGCAAAAUUAGUCGAAGGUUCAUACGUCAGAGGUUGGGAUGAUCCAAGAUUAUACACCCUGGAAGCUAUUCGUAGACGUGGUAUCCCACCAGGAGCUAUCUUAUCAUUUAUAAAUACUUUAGGUGUUACGACGUCUACUACCAACAUUCAAGUUGCUAGAUUUGAAAGUGCUAUCAGAAAGUUUUUAGAAGAUACUACUCCCAGAUUAAUGUUCAUUUUAGAUCCUAUUGAAGUGAUUGUUGAAAAUUUAUCAGAAAAUUAUGAAGAAUUAGUCACUAUUCCAUACCGUGCAGGUUCUGCUGAAUUUGGUGAUAGACAAGUUCCAUUUACCAAUAGAUUUUAUAUCGAAAGAUCAGAUUUCAGUGAAGACAGUAGCGACAAGGAAUUUUUCAGAUUAACCCCAGAACAAUCUGUCGGUUUAAUCAAGGUUCCACAUACUGUUUCUUUUGUUAGAUCUGAAAAGGAUGAGUCCGGUAAAAUUACUAAAAUCUAUGUUAAAUAUGACAACGAGCCAGUUGAUGGUAAGCCAAAGAAGCCAAAAACUUACAUUCAAUGGGUUCCAGUUUCUAAGAAAUACAAUUCGCCAGUGCAAGUUACUGAAACUAGAGUAUACAACCAAUUAUUCAGUUCUGAAAACCCAUCUGCUCAUCCAGAUGGAUAUUUAGCCGACAUCAACCCAGACAGUGAAGUUGUCUAUAAGAAUGCUGUUGUUGAACAUAACUUCGGUCAAACGGUAAAGCAAUCUCCAUGGAUUGUCGAUUCGACAAAGGAUUCCGAAUUCUAUGUUGAAGAAGAUAGAAAUGCCAAGGAAGUAUGCAGAUUCCAAGCUAUGAGAGUUGGUUAUUUCACUUUGGACAAGGAUAGCACCGAUGACAAGAUCAUUUUGAAUAGAAUCGUCAGCUUAAAGGAUACCACUAAAUAG